AUGGACCAUUGUUCGCUCAAAUCCAUAUUUUAUUCCGAUAUCGACUCGACGAUCACCGAGUUUACCGAGUCUGAAUGCACUUGCGAUGCUGGCGAUGCGCAUCGUACCAUGGAGAACUAUAAGACGCCAAUGCUUGAACCAUUGCUACCGUAUCCCAAACACGUGGGAGAACGAUUUGAGGCCGAAUACCAAAUGUGUAUGCGAUGGGCGGCCGAUCGAAAAUUCCGCGCCGAGAAGGUCAUACCAUUCAGCAGCGAGUUCUACGCUGUCGCGCGCCUCUCAUUCAUCGGCAAAAAUUGGCUUCUCGAUUGCGGCAAUUACGAUGGACAAUACGAUUAUUGCGGUUGGCUGCCGACAAGCUUCGACUCGACGCGUCCCAAAAAGCCGCCGCGCGAUGAGAUCACCGAUUCGAGUGUCGACGAGUCGCGCGAGUACGCCGGCCGCGAGUCGAUCCACACCUCAGACACCGGCUUCGGAUUGGAUUCGCUUCGAACCGAUGUCAGCGGAUCGCCUCCAACCCUGGAUCCGAUCGACCCAAAUAUGUACAAGCUGAUGGGCGAGCUGUCAGAAGCGCUGAGCACCGAGCCCGUCGCUCCGAAUCCGCCGACGACGCGCGCCGCCGCCAGCCUCAACGAUUUGUUUUUCGAUCUCGUCGAGCUCGAGCAAGAAUUGUCGAAGCAAGUGAAAGCGUUGACACUCGACCAGCCCUCGAUUGUCGAUCCGUUCACAAUUCCCACCGCCGUCUCAUUCUCAACAAUUUCGCCGACACAAUCGGAAGUGAGCAGCACGAGCGACGACGAGCUCGACGAGCUCGACGAGAAGCCCAAAUCGCUGAUGGCUCAAUUGUUCUGUUUGACCGGCAAAAAGUUGGGUGGCGGACUGCUCAAAAAUUUGAUCAAUCGCUCGUGA